UUUUGUUUUUUGAUUGACUAGUCCGUAGGCAUAAUCGAGAGGAGAAAGGAAACCUCCCGAUCCAAUCCUGAUGACGUCUUCCGCCGGCGACGGCGCGGAGCUCAUCCUGUCGCUGCCGGAGGACGUCCUCGCCCUCGUCUCCGCGCACCUCCGCCCGCGAGACCUCCUCGCGCUCUCCGCCGCCUCGCGCAGCCUCCGCCACGCCGUCUCCACCGCCGACAAGGCAUGGCUCGCCCAGUGCCGCCGCCUCCUCCCCGCCGCGUCCCAGCUCAUCGCCUGGCGCGCCGCGCUGGGGGACUCCUCCCUCGCCGUCUGCCGCUUCCUCCACUCCGCCUCCCCGCUCCUCGGCCUCUGGGCGCACCAGAACCCCGAGCUCGGCAACCUCGUCGUCGCGCUCCCGGGCUUCCUCUCCCUCGUCGCCGUCCGCUCCAUCCCCCAGGAGCUCUCCCCGCGCCUCCUCUGGGCACCCGUCUUCGAGCUCCUCGCCGACGCCCGCGGCCACCCGGCCUUCCUCUUCCUCCACGGCGCCGACGACCACUCCCUCUUCCCCGGCCUCCUCGCCUCCCUCCACCCCCACGCCAACACUCUCCUCCUCGAGGCCCACACCUGCCUGCCCCCCGUCUCUCACUUCUCCCGCCUCGCCUUCGCCGACCGCCGCCGCCUUCUCAACGCCCUCGUCGCCGCCUGCCGCGUCACCCUCCCGCCGGACCUCGCCACUGCCCCGCUCUUCGCGCGCUCCGACGACGACCUCCCGCUGCUCGCCGCGCGCCGGGAGGCGAUGCUGCGCCUGCACGGCGACGCAGGCGGGGGCAUGGUGCGGAGGACGGAAAUCGAGGCGCAUCUGAUCGGGGCUAAGAAGAUGGCGCUACCGACCGACACUGCCGGAGACAGGAUGCGGCUGCGGAGGAGCUUCUCGGCGGUUGCCGGGUAUGUCAGGAACAGCCUGCGGCAGAUGGUGAGCCGGUCAGCGUCCGCGAAUUCCAGGGCUGAGUAUGCCCACCCCAAGCAUCUGCCACUGGAUGAGUUCAUGCGCGCCGGAGAGAGUGUUGGUCUGAGCCUCCGGGGUGCCCGGAUGCGGCUGUCUAUCUACCGCAAUUGGCCAAGCAUGCACGACAACCGGUUCGCGCUCUACAAGCUGACGAUGCAGCUGCCCUUGCCUGGCCGGGAGUAUGCUGGUUUGUGGGGAGGCACAUUCGGGUGGCCACCAGGGCAGCCGGAGGAUGAGCGCAAACCUGGAAAGGCGCUCUUCUUCCUGCUGCUCUCGUAUGAGGAUGACAGCGAAGGGAAGCUUCAGCUGAUUGCAACCAAGGUGUUGGAGGGUACACACUAUGUUGUGCAUCCGAACGGGUCCUCUAUGUUUAUCGUGAGGGUCGGUGAGCCAUCCACAGAGCCCUUUCCAUGGCAGACUGAUGAGGAGUCGCGGGGUGUGGAGGUCAAGAGAAGCUUUGCCGGGGACGGCAUUGCCAAUGGUUAUGGGUUCAGGUAUCCUGGCUUAAAGCCUGGAUCGCUGUUUGUCCUCCAGGAUGGCCGGCUUGCCUUUGUUUGGAGAGAGAACAAGGCUGUCCUCACCUUGCAAAGGCUGGACCUAGAGGAAAUGAUAAGAAGAGGGGAGCGUGUGCCUGCAUUGCCGCCGAUACAGAACUUUGCUUACCUCACAAAGUCUUACUCCAAUGUCUUUGCCGUGCCACAUGGCAGCAACACAAGCUGCCCAGUUUCUCCAAGCCAGGUAAGAGACAGGGCUGGUGAAUUGUUAUGAUGUUAUCACCUGAUACAGAGGCGAUGCGAAAGAUCGUUCGUGGUUCAUGUUAUGCAGUUCUUGCCAUAUGCCUUGUAAUGAAGGUCUGAAACCCCCAUUUUCCCCCCAAAUGGUUGGCCAGUCACCGUGAAUUGAUAUGCUUCGAUGUACCGCUGCUGCCACUUGUGGAAGGAGCAUGUUUAGCAGUGUUAAUAUGGUAUAUUUGUGUCCUGAAGGAAAUGGCACCAUAUAUCCAUCUGUGUGUGUGCCCGCAGUAAAUUAAAAUGUCAAAAUUUAGCAAAUGAGCUGCAAUCCCAGAUCCAGCCUAUGGAUGAUAAUGCCAGGUGUUGAAAUGGCAUGAGUUGAAAGGUACAUUUAUGUGAAAUUGCAAAUUUGGAGGUAUACACAGCUGGCUGACUAGCACAAGUUGAAGCUGGCACGGUAAUUAUUUUGCCAUGAUAUAUCUCUGGGUGAAUCGGUGGUGUAUUCAUUAUGGCAGAAGAAGCAUAAAAGUGAAAAAACGUGGGGAGAAAAAGGCUGCAAAGUUGACCUUGUUUCUUCUUCCUUGAUAGUUGUCAUGAAAAGUGUUCUUCCUAGUGGAUUUUUGCAGUUCAUAUCUUCUAUAGUUGCAUCCCCCUCUAGUGGUUUUGGAUGCUUUUCCCACAUAAACAUUUGAGUACCGGGUCGGGCAGCAAAACCCAUUAAAAAAAGUUUUUUUUAUUUGCUUUAUGUAUCUUUUCAAACUCCUUGUCUAUUCAUUUAGAGGAGAACGAUCAAAUAACUGUCCAUGUUGAAUUCUAGCAAUAUAUUAAAAAUAAAUUCCAAGAGAGUACUGUCA